GGAUCCAGGGCUUUCAGUUUCCCUUUUGAUUUGAGGGGUAUAUCUAGGACCAGAGGACGCUGUGUCUGGUUAUUACGCAGGCGCAGAGCAGGUGACUGGAUCCGCACAGCUGAGAACGUCUGGGUCUGGUUCACACUCAGCCAGAGGGAGACUUCUGGGGUGAAGCCACACUUGCUUCCAGCCUGACGCAGACUGGUGAGCUGAAGUAGGACGCUGACAUCCCUCUGCUGGCAGCAUGGCUUCAGUAACCAGCGGGGACUGCCCAGAUCCCGAGAGCUUCUUUGAGGCUGUUGUCAAAUCUCUGCAGGACAUACUGAGCAGAGAGGAACUGUCACAGCUGCUGACUGAAGUCCUAAAUAGAUUUGUGGCUGAGGGCAACUUGUCCAGGGAAGAGGCAGAUGCACUGCGUGAAUACCUGAACGAGCUGAAUGCAGACUUGGCCCUGAGCGACCGAGACAUGCUGCUAAGGGAGCAGCUGAGUAAAAAGAGGUUUUUGAAAAGGUUUCCUCGGGUGAAACGGAAGCUUGAGGAAAGCAUAAGAAAGCUGCAUGAUCUUGCAGACAAGGUGGACAAGGAUCACAGGGACUAUACCAUCUAUAAGGUGGCGGCCACCUCUGCUGGUGCGGUGUCUGGCCUCCUGACCAUUGCCGGCCUGACUCUGGCACCCGCGACAGCGGGGGUCAGUCUGGCACUCUCGGCUGCUGCGUUAGGGCUGGGGGCCACAGCUGCUGCGACCAGUGUGGGUACCAGUGUGAAGGAACACAAGAGCAUGUCAUCAGCAGAAAUCGUGGCCCAUCGUUUGAUGUCACCUGCCAUCGAGAAAUGGAAAGUGGUCAAGGAGGUUCUACAGCAGAGCACGCCCCGAAUUGUUUCCACAGAAGAGAAACUCACAGAAGCCGUGCAACGCAUUGAAAUGAAUAUCCUUGCCAUCAAGCUGGUCAGUGCCAACCCUGGUUUCCGUGAAGAUCUGCUACGUUUCCUGACCACAGGACAGAUCUCAUACCAAAGUGGCAAGCAGUUGAGGGAAGUUCUUAAAGGCACAGGUCUGGCAAUGGCCAAAGGAGCCCAGGUCCUGGCUGUGGCCUCCGCAGGCUCCCUCCUUGUGAUGGAUCUGGGCUACCUGGUGAAAGAGGCAAUGCACCUGCGUGAUGGGGCAAGGGCAGAGUUAUCUGAACAGCUAAGGCAGCGGGCCCGGGAGCUGGAGAAGAGGUUGGAGGAGCUCACCCGGAGCUAUGAGAGUCUGCAGCAGGGCCAGUGUCCCACCCCUGCCCCACACAGCAGACCAGGGAGCAGGGGUCCAGGUGGGGCCAAGAAGCAGAGUUAGCUUUAGAGAGGGAAAAAGAGCCAAAUAAAACGUAUGGACUUGGGUGUGGAGGAAUUUGGCAUUUCUAGGUCUGAGCGCAGCCGGGUAGGGAUUCAAACAGGUGGCAGAUGGUGAAAGACACGGGAGCUUGGAGUCUGGAAUAAUGGUGGAGGGGGGACGAGAGAGUGAUGGGAAAAGGGGGAAAACCAUGUAUCAUGAACUAAAAAAGACACUGGGGGCCUGAAGAAAGAGAGAGGCUGGAGGAACAA